UUAGAAGAUGUUUUAUGCCUUUUUCAGAUAAGUCACUCUUUUAUUUCCAUAUCCCUCUGAUCCCCAACCUCUCCUGUAUGCCACCGCCUAACUUCUCCUGACCAACCCAGACUCUGACACACAGCACAGCAUGUCUGACGGAGAGGAGCAGCUGGACCGCCUCCAGCAGGCAGAGCUCACUCGGACCACCUGCAUGUCCCUGUGGAGGGCAGGGGCCGUGCAGGCCUGGAUGGAGGUUGUCAUGGGAAUGCCCAUGUAUAUUCGAGCCUGCUCCGAAAAUGUCAAAAGUGGCAAGGUGCUGCUGAGUCUGACGGAUGAAGAUUUAGAGCUGGGUCUGGGUAUUACUAAUCAACUUCAUCGCAGAAAAGUUCGACUGGCUAUUGAGGAUUACAGGAGAGCAGAAGGGGAGCAGGGACUAUCAAAAGCAUCUGAGCUGGAUCAUCACUGGGUCUCCACAUCAUGGCUAAGUGACGUAGGCCUACCUCAGUACUUCCAAACCUUCCACACAAACCUAGUGGACGGACGGGUGCUGAACUCCCUGAGCCGCAGAGAUCUGGAGAGAUUCCUGAACAUUAGCGAGCCUUUCCACCAAACGAGUCUCCUACUAGGAAUCCAGCUCCUGCAGAUGCUCAGCUUUGACAAAGAGGCCCUGCAAUUACGUCGCUUAAAAUGCGAGCAUGAAAACCAAGACCCUCUUGUCUGGACGUGUAACAGAGUGAUGAAGUGGAUCAAGGACAUCGACCUUAAGGAGUUUGCAGAAAACCUUCAGGGAAAAGGCAUUCAUGGUGCAGUUAUCACACUGGACCAAUCCUUUGACACAGAAGCCUUGGCCAAAGCUUUGGGAAUCCCCAGCAAUAAACACAUGCUGCACAGACACCUGUAUGAAGAAAUGAAGUCUCUCUCUGCACCUCUAAGAAAUGCAGAGCAGAGCACUGGGGUUAUCAGUUCUUCUUCACCUGUGGCUGUUAAUCGCUUUGCUGAUGAAAGGAUGUCUAUCAGAAGAUUAGGAAAGAGUCCACUAAGGUUACGUGCAGACAGUCAUUCCGUGGAGCGAGCUCUGGGCUUCCACAGCAACUGUGGCUCUUUGCCCAGAGAGGCCAGAGUGCAUGCUGUUCCCCGUGCCAAAGGCAGCCCGAUGCACACCUUCAAGAGUGUUGAAAUCACCAACGUUUGAAGGAAUCAUCAAGAUCUUCACCUCUGUUUACACUGUAGCUGUUUACUGUUGAGAAUGACAAGCACUUGUCAAUGUCUUUUAAAGGUGUAUAAAACAUGAUGUAAUAGGUCAGAUCUACUUUUGUUAUCAUCACCAACGUGGAAACUUCUGAAGACCCAAUGUAGCUGUUGUAAAAAUAAUGAAGAUGUUUUAAUUAGGUUUAUAUGUCCUUAAUGUAAAAAAGAACAGGUGGCAAAAAGAUGGCUAUAGUUAAACUAAGAACUGCACACGGUACCCCUUUGAUGCCUUACAUAAAGUCUAAUAAUGUAUUUAAUGCUUAUUUCUACUUCUUUAUGUGAGCUGAGGUGUGCCUCUUGGUUUAAAAAAAAACAUAUACAUGUUACUACAUAAUAUGUAUUUUCAGUUGAGAGAUAGAAAUUUGGUCAAUUAUUGCUUUGUUGUAACCAUAUAUUUUGACAAGAAUCCUUAUACUCCUGGAAAGUCUAUUUCCCUUUAUAUGGUGCCACAUUUCCAAGAAAAAAAAUCACUUGUAGAUAGAGCAGUGGAGUUGAGUAUGUAGGCUGUACCCCUGAAAAACCAGCCACAUUCUCUCUGCCAGUUUCAUCAUAUUAGGAAACCUGACAGAUUUUGAUUUAAUGAUUUAUCCUCUAACUUUGGUCUCUGUAGUGCAUUUGAGAAGGUAUCCAAAAAAUGAUUUUGUUGGCGUUGCCAGCCUGGCUUCCUAUUCCUCAAACCAAUCAGAUUAAUGUGGAUAAACUGGUCACUUUAGCAUGAAUCCAGGUCAGACUGACAGGUUUUUAACUGAGUUUAGGGGUUCAAAACACCUUCCUCUAUAGGGGUGAGGACUAACAUCUUAGAGGAAUUGAAGUGUUUGGCACCCUUUGAAGCAACUGCCAACAUUCCACGGCUGCUUAUUUAAUUAGCUUCCUGUUUUGGAAUCUCAGCACCUUUUAAACCAGUAGUUCAAGAAAUCAUUGAGUUACUUGUAAAGACAAGACCUCUCUAAAUUAGAUCCUGCAUCAAGGAACCAAAAAUAUGUCUGAGCAGGUAAGUUUCAUUUUCACUUUAUUGUCUAACAACAGCUUUUUAGGGCAGUUCUCUCGUUUAGGGGGAGCUCAGACUGUCAUAAAAGACGGCUCUGGGUCGCAAGAUUUAUUCAGUGAUAGAUCCGACUAUAUAAAGUUAGAUACAUUUUUGAAAAGAACAGCCCACAUGGAGCAUCAGUACACACCAAAUUAAACUACACAGUAAAUGUUUCAGUGUUAAAG